UACAGCUUAUCUUUGAGGCUGUGAAAAAUGACUGGUCGGGCACGAGCAAGAUCCAGAGGCAGAGCACGUGGUCAAGAGACUACAGCACCUGGAGCGAGUCAGGCUCGAGAGCCGACACCAGCGCCUGCCCCCCCUGCUGAGGGAGAGCUGGUCGGUAGAGGAAGGCAGAAGGGUGCCCCUGGAGCCUUUUCUGCAGAAGCUAUUCUGCAGAUUUCUGCUGGAUUUCAGCAAGUGAAGCUGGGUGAAAGAGGCGGACGCCGUCGGGAUUUUCACGAUGCAGGGAUUAACACCAGGCAGGCGAUGGAGCAUGUUAAGGAAUCAAAGAUGGGAACAUCUGGCCGCUCAAUUCCACUGUCAGCGAACUUCUUUCGCAUCCUUUCCCGCCCUCAGUGGGUUCUGUAUCAGUACCAUGUGGACUACAAACCACCAAUGGAGUCUCGUCGCCUGAGAUCUGCUCUCCUCUUCCAGCAUGAUGAAGCACUUGGUUCAGCGCGGAGCUUUGACGGAGCUCUGCUUUUUCUGCCGCUCAGAUUGCACAGCAAGGAAACUGUGCUCCACAGUGAGACGAGGAAUGGAGAGAAGGUCCAGAUAACUGUCACCUUGACUAAUGAACUGCCGCCUACAUCUCCUGUGUGCAUUCAGUUUUACAACAUCAUAUUCAGAAGGAUCUUGAGAAUUCUCGACAUGCAGCAGAUUGGACGUAACUACUACAACCCCAAUGAUCCUCUCAACAUACCACAACACAGGCUGACCAUCUGGCCAGGCUACACCACCACCAUUCUGAAUUACGAGACGUCCAUCAUGCUGUGUACGGACGUGAGCCACAAGGUGCUGCGCAGUGAGACGGUCCUGGACUUCAUGUACAACUUGAGGCAGCAGUGUGGAAACCAACGCUUCCCUGAAAUUUGUGCUAAGGAGCUUGUUGGACUCAUUGUCCUCACCAAGUACAACAACAAGACCUACAGGAUUGACGAUAUUGCAUGGGAUCACACUCCCAACAACACUUUCAAGAAGGGAGACACGGACAUUUCCUUCAAGAACUAUUACAAGGCUCAAUAUAGCCUGGAUAUCAAAGAUGGGAACCAGGUGCUGCUGAUCAGCCAUGUGAAGAAGAUGGGUCCUUCUGGAGGUCCUCCUCCUGGCCCGGCCAUGCUUAUCCCAGAGCUGUGCUACCUUACAGGCUUGACUGACAAGAUGCGAGCUGACUUUCGCAUCAUGAAGGAUCUGAGCAAUCACACCAAACUAACUCCAGAGCAGAGGGAGGGACGCCUCAACAGAUUUGUCUCAAACAUUCAGAAGAAUGCUGACGCACAGGCAGAGUUGGAUAAGUGGGGACUCAACUUUGAUAAAGCGCUCCUAAACCUGACUGGCAGAGUCCUCCCAGGAGAGAGGCUUUACCAGGGAUCAAGAUCGUAUGACAUCAACCCGCAAUCAGCUGAAUGGUCCAGAGAGAUGCGUGGGGUGCCUGUGAUCAGCUCUCCUCUGCUGACUGACUGGUUCAUGUUCUACACCCGCCGUAGCAGCAACGAGGCCCAGUCUCUCCAUCAAACCCUCAACAAAGUCUCAGGUCCUCUUGGUAUCCGCAUCCAGCGAGCUGUCAUGGUGGAGUAUGAGGAUUAUCAGGAGUCUCUGCUCAGAGCCCUGCAGCAGAAUGUUGGACCGCAAACACAGAUGGUUGUGGUGGUCCUCCCCAGCAACAGGAAGGACAAGUACGACACUGUCAAGAAGUAUCUUUGUGUGGAGUGCCCCAUUCCCAGCCAGUGUGUGGUUACCCGUACUAUCAGCAAGCCUCAGGCGCUCAUGACUGUGGCCACCAAGAUCGCACUGCAGAUGGCAUGCAAGAUGGGAGGAGAGCUGUGGAGUGUGGAAAUCCCCCUCAAGCAGCUGAUGAUUGUGGGCAUCGACUGCUACCACGACAUUUCUGCGGGGAAACGGUCCAUUGGAGCUCUGGUGGCCAGCCUGAACAACAGCAUGAGCAGGUGGUACUCAAAGUGUGUGUUGCAGCACAAAGGUCAGGAAAUCAUGGAUGGACUGAAGAUGGCCUUAUCUGGUGCGCUGAAAGACUAUCUUAAAUUCAACAACUGCCUGCCUUCACGCAUCAUUGUGUACAGAGAUGGAGUGGGAGACGGCCAGCUUCACAGUGUGGUUAACUACGAGGUCUCACAGAUCUUGGAGUCCAUCAAGUCCAUGGGGCACGACUACCUGCCCAAGCUGAGUGUGGUGGUGGUGAAGAAGCGCAUCAGCACGAGGUUCUUUUCCCACACUAACGGCAAGGUGGACAACCCUCCCCCAGGCACCGUCGUCGACUCAGAUGUCACCCGCCCCGAGUGGUAUGACUUUUACAUCGUCAGCCAGGCUGUCCAAAGUGGAAGUGUCUCCCCGACCCACUACAAUGUGGUGUACGACACCAGUGGACUGAAGCCCGAUCACAUGCAGAGGCUCACCUACAAGCUGUGCCACAUGUAUUACAACUGGCAGGGGAUCAUCCGAGUGCCCGCUCCCUGCCAGUACGCCCACAAGUUGGCGUUCCUUGUAGGUCAGAGCAUCCACAAAGAGCCCAGUGCCAAACUGGAUGACCUGCUCUUCUACCUGUAAGGAAGGAAAGACGACCUGUUGGGCUCUGACUCGUCAGUUACCUUGUGAAGAAGUGUAUGUAUGUAAGCCUUUGUUGUAAAAGCUUUUCUUAGUUUGAAUGAAUAUAAGUUGUGUUUUGUAGAUGCUAAGAGUUUGUUUGAAUGUAGCAUCACGUCUGUGUAUGAAGGUACGCAGUUUCAGGUUACUAAUAUUGAAGUUAAGUAAAGAAAAUGAUGUAUGAACCCUGUUCCCUUAUGGAAAGAGAUUUGUGUUUUCAGGGCCAAAUGGAUGAGUAUGUUCAGAGAGAGAUAGAGUAUCUUGAUCUGUUACUAAAUCAACACUGAAAUGAGAGAUGUGACUCUAAAUGUUUAAAAUGUUUUCAUGUAUAACUUAUUUGAGUUUGUUUUAGAUAACAAAUAAAAAAAGGCACUUUUUGUAGACAAUCUAAACACAUUCUCAGAUUACACGAGAGCCUCUUUGUUGUUAAAAGACUUGACUGCAGUUUCUGUCCUCCAUGGUGAGGAGUAAAAUAUGUUUUACAUUUUUGUUAGUAGUGAGGCUCAUGAGGGUCAGUAUUAAGAUCCUGCUGUUCCUGUACUGCAUAUAGUUCAAAUAAAACAUUUGUGUUGUACCACAUGAA